UAUGGGGAUGGCAAUGCUCACAAUGCCAUUGAUGGGAACAGAGAAUCAAACUAUAAGCAAGGAUCCUGCACCCACACUGAACUGGACACCAACCCCUGGUGGAGAGUGGACCUGCUGGAUGAGACCAGAGUGACAGCUGUCACCAUCACCAACAGAGGAGACUGCUGUCCUGAGAGGCUUGAUGGUGCUGAGAUCCAUAUCGGUAACUCACUGGAGAACAACGGCAUCAACAACCCCACCCCCUCUCUCUCCUCCCACCCUCCCCUCUCUCUCUCUCCCCCUCAGGAGGGUCGCUAUGUUGUUGUGGUCAUCCCUGGACAGAACAAGAUUCUCACUCUGUGUGAGGUGGAAGUAUUUGGCUACCGAUCUCCAGUUGGAAAAAACUUGGCAUUGAGAGGAGUGGCUUCUCAGUCAUCACAGUUUUAUGAUCGCAAAGCUCAAUAUACCAUUGAUGGAAAAAGAAACACAAACUAUGGAUCCUGCACCUACACUGAACUGGACACCAACCCCUGGUGGAGAGUGGACCUGCUGGAUGUGACCAGAGUGACAGCUGUCACCAUCACCAACAGAGACGAUGUUCCUGAGAGGCUUGAUGGUGCUGAGAUCCACAUCGGUAACUCACUGGAGAACAACGGCAUCAACAACCUCAGGUGUCUCGUCAUAUCCCACAUCCCAGCAGGAGAGACCAACACCUUCCAGUGUAAUGGGAUGGAGGGUCGCUAUGUUGUUGUGGUAAUCCCUGGACAGAACAAGAUUCUCACUCUAUGCGAGCUUCAACUGGAAUUGUGUUACGGCCUUGUUAAUAACGAUGGAAAUGGCAUCUUCCGUGGAUCUGUUGGAGAGGCGGGAAGCCCUACCUCAGACAUCACCGCUAUCGCCAAGCAGGUGAUUCACCUUUUCACUGCAGGCAGUCAACGCAACCAGACCACUGUGCUCUUAAUGCUGGAAGAUGAGCGUAUUCAGCAGAAUCUGCAGGAUGCCAUCAUGAAAGAGAUUGCAGAGAGAAACAUCUCGACCCACAUGCCUGUGGUCAUCAUUUUAAAUUGUUUGUUCUGCAACCAAUCUUUACCUCAGACCUCAGACCAGCACUUUGUGGACUUCCACCGGACAGACCUGAUCUAG